ACAAAGCCGGAUGCAUUGCCUAGUUUCUCGAUCUCUCCUCCUAGUCUUCUAUAAAAUCGAAUGAUUUAUCUGGAUGCUGAAUUAAGAAGAUAACAGCUGAAUUUGGCAAAGGUGAAAAUCCUUAAAACAGAAAAUGGGCAACCCACAUAUUGUAGUCAUACCUUAUCCAGCACAGGGCCAUGUGAUUCCCUUCAUGGAACUCUCACAAUGCCUGGUAAAACAGGGGUUCAAAAUCACAUUUGUGAGCACAGAGUAUAAUCACAAGAGGGUCUUGAAAGCAUUGAGGGGGAACAUUAAUCUUGGGGGUGAAAUUAGUCUUGUUUCGCUUCCAGAUGGGCUAGAAGCUUGUGGGGAUAGAAAUGAACUGGGAAAGUUGUCUAAAGCAAUUUUUCAGGUUAUGCCAGGGAAGCUAGAAGAGCUCAUAGACAGGAUCAAUAUGACAGAAGAAGAGAAAAUUACCUGUAUAAUUACUGAUUGGAGCAUGGGAUGGGCUCUUGAAGUGGCAGAGAAGAUGAAAAUCCGACGUGCUAUCUACUGGCCUGCUGCAGCUGCCAUACUAUGCUCAUUGAUCAGUAUUCCAAAGCUACUAAGUGAUGGAAUCAUUGACGGCGAUGGAACUCCGCUAAAUAACCAGAUGAUUCAGUUGGCACCAACAAUGCCUGCAAUGGACACUGCAAAUUUUGUAUGGGCCUGCCUUGGUGACUUUACCACACAGAAAAUUAUAUUUGAUCUCAUGGUUAAAACCAAUGAGGCAGCGAAAAUGGCAGACAGGAUAAUUUCUAACUCGGCUUAUGACCUUGAGCCUGGAGCUUUUUCCUUCGCCCCAAACAUUCUACCUAUAGGACCACUUCUGGCAAGCAAUCGGCUAGGAGAUCAGUUGGGAUACUUCUGGCCAGAAGACUCAACAUGUUUGAAGUGGCUAGACCAGCAGCCGCCCAAGUCAGUUGUUUACGUCGCAUUUGGUAGCUUUACUGUUUUCGACAAAACACAAUUCCAAGAGUUAGCUCAGGGUCUUGAAAUAUCCAAUAGAUCAUUCUUGUGGGUUGUCAGGCCAGAUAUUACCACUGAAACCAGCGAUGCCUAUCCAGAAGGAUUUCAAGAGAGAGUAGCCACUCGUGGGAGGAUGGUUGGCUGGGCUCCUCAACAGAAAGUCCUUAGUCACCCUUCUAUCUCCUGCUUCUUGAGCCACUGUGGUUGGAACUCCACCAUGGAGGGUGUAAGCAAUGGGGUCCCUUUCUUGUGCUGGCCAUAUUUUGCUGACCAAUUCCUUAAUGAGACCUACAUUUGUGAUGUUUGGAAGGUGGGAUUGAAGUUUGACAAAAACAAAUGUGGGAUCAUCACAAGGGAAGAAAUAAAGAAUAAGGUGGAGACAGUUAUCAGUGAUGAAAAAAUCAAGGCAAGAGCUGCAGAACUCAAAAGAUUGGCCACGCAGAAUGUUGGAGAAGCUGGUUAUUCAAGCGAGAAUUUCCAGAACUUCAUUGAAUGGAUCAAGUCAUGAACAAGAAGAGGUUUUAAACUUGUCUGUAUUACUCUAAGCUCUGUUUUUCUUUUGAUUCCGGCACGAACUUUGGAAAAUAAAAGGAAGAUAGAGAACUUAAUUGUUAAA